AUAUGCUUUGUUUUUUUUAUUCACUUUCUAUAAAUAUAGUUAUGCACUUUAAUACAAGCCCUGCAGUGUUUGUUACGUUUAUCUCGUCUGGAACAAGCCCCGAAAGCUCCGUAUCCCCCAAACUAGAGACACCUUUGUUUCCAAAAUGCCUAUGAAAUGUGAGCUUUGCGUUUAAUGGCUUUUUUCUUGUAUCUAAAAUGCAGCCUUUAAAGCACAGAAGACCAGUUUAAGCAUAGUGUUGUAAACAUACCUUUAUAGUGUUCAGUUCAACUAAUUUACUAUAACAAAAAUUUUGCUUAAAUAUUGCUAAACAAUAACCUUCCGUAGCUUCUGUAUAUGUUGGACAGAUGUUGCAGUAUUAUUACUCUGUAAUAAUAGAUAAUAGGGGGGAGCUUCCAACCCUUCAAACAAUCCCUACAUUUCAGAAGGAGAUGAAGAAAUAAAGCUGCCACUCAUCUGCUAGUUUCUUUUUUGGCCUCUUACUCUCCUUCUUCUUUGGCUGACUCUCUGGUCUAAACUGGAAUAUCUGCCUUCCAUUCUGUGGCUUUAAACUGAAACGUUGAGACGCUUCUAAACCACGCCCCCCUCACGUAGCAGGGCUGUGAGUGGUUGAAAUUUUCAUUUUUUUUUUCCAAAGCUUAAUAGCUGGUGAAAAACGUCAGUUUUCAGUGGCUGUCUUCAUCAUCCUGAUGCCAUCCAACCAUCGUCCUACUCUACCUCUCAUUGUUUCUGCUUUUAAAGAAAGUAAAUAAAUUAAAAUACACUAUAAUAAUAAAAAUAAGGUGUUAAAAUCGAAUUUAUUUAUUUGUACAAGGAAAAUAAACACACACAAUUAUCCAUUAUCCACUUUGGUUUACUUUAUUGGGGAUGCGGAUGUGUAUUUUUGCACUAUUAAUGAUGUUGUUUUGAUAUUUGAUGUCGUAUCAAACAAGUUAAAGUUACUUCAUUUGAAGUCAGGGUUAGCCUUCAGUACCAGUGUUGAGGUCUGACUGAGACGUGAAGGACUGGUUUUAUCUUGACAUCCCUGCUGACGUUCCUGCUGACCUUCAGCUGUCCGCUGCUGACCUCUUGCAGUUCAUCCAUGUGACCUUUGAUCUCCUUCACAGGGGUGAAGCUACUUACUUUGAUGACAUGUACCCAGUGUCUAAGCACAGCCUCAGGGUGGAGGACAUGCCCUGCUUUAUCCCCAACGACCGCAGCAAGAAGAGGCUGAUCCAGGACACUGAGGACUGGCAGCCUCGCACCGGCACCACCCAGUCCCGCUCCUUCCGCAUCCUGGCGCAGCUCACAGGCACCGACUUCAUGCAGGACCCAGACGAUGAAAACAUGAAGAGAGCGAGGGAAAAGUUCCUCACUGAAAUUCAGAGUCCCCGCUACGCCCGUCUGCGGGACUGGCACCACGACAGGUCUGCUCGCGCCCUAAAUAUCAAAUCCUGAGCAGCAGGCCAGAGCGCCACGGGACGCCGCGCCCGGCCCCAGCCUGCCAGACAUAGCGACCACCAAGACCAUGUGACAAAGACGACGAAAGAUAGGUUAACAGAUUCACCUGUGAGAGAGUGACCAGGUGAAGGAGAAGCGAAAACCAAGCUAAAGUAGCUGUGAUGACAGAGCUCCGCGUGGAACCUUGCAUACUGAGCCCAAGUUGAAGAUUUCCCUCUGAAGUCUGCCACUUUCUUCUCAUUUCAUACUGUGAUUCUUUGGAAAAAGCGGAGGAACGAGGAGGGGGAGGACGUUUCGACAUUUGUUAUUCUAUUUUCAUUGUUAAUCUCUUCACUCUUCUGUCCCUCUCUCUCCUCACGUCCUGCUGUUUCACAUUGAUCUCUUUCCAGGUUUCAUCUCCCUUCUCAUCCUAGUCUCUGCUUCUCUCAACAGUUAGAAACAUCAAACAUGAAUGUGUACUUGUUUAUCAGCUGUCAUCCAAUAUAUAAAACCUCUGAAAAAAACGGACUUUUCUUUCUGUCUUUUUCUCUCUCAAGCCUUCUUCUUUCACAAUCCCUUUGUCUUUGACAUGGACUGAAUCGAAAUCAUUAACUUGACACAUGCUUUUCCUGUGAAGAGAAUUGAGAGGGUGUCUGGUCAAAGAUCAAGGUCUGCGGUUGGAUUUUAUUGCCUCACAAAGUGUAAUUAUACAAGCAAAAGAAACAAGGAACAUUGCUCUUUCACACCCGCAGUUUAGGCUUGAGACUCUUCCAGCUCUUUUGGCUCUGAAGUUCGAUGGUUGUUUCUGUCCCUAUGUUAAACACCAUCCUGACUGGAGUGCAGGGGGGAAACAGCCCAUGAAUAUUUAGCUCACCCUCAAGUCUCUCCACAACAGCGGAAGCAACGUGUGCAGCAAUUAUUAAUAAACUCAUAGGAGACAUUCAUGGACACAAUAGUUUGGCAGAAGUCUAUUUAUUUGCCAAGUUUAAUGAAAAGAGAGAAAAGAAAUCCCUCAAAUGAGCCUCAUAACAAUGGACAAACACUGAAAUGCUCAUAAAAAUCUAGCUUGGGUUUUAGUGAAAGUAUUGCCUUUAGCUAUGUUGGUCGUAAUCUAUGUGCCCUGAGUGAAAAUUUUACAUGAGAAUUUUUAGAGGAGUCGAUUGUAUGAGUGCGUUCUGUCUUCCAUCCCUCAAGAUCCCGGUGAAAUCAGGCGAUUUAUUCCGGUGGCGAUUGUAAACUCGCUCUCACUGUGGUGACAUCUGGAGCCCGAAUUGAUUUUUAGGUAAAAGCUCAGAAUUAAAAAUGUCCUCUCAUUUGGAUUUGUUGAUUUGAACAAAUAUAACCGAUAGUAAUAAUAAAAAAGAGUCAAGUCAGUGUACUUAUAUCUUACUGCUGGAGCCGACAAGGUUCAGCUUCAAUUUGAGGAUGAAAACUUCAAAAUAACUGGGUGAUUCUGGCUGUGAACCACUUUGCUUCAGGGUCCUGGUUCUUUAGAGCCAUGUGUUUUGGAUGGUUCGGGGGGGGAGCUAGGGGAAGGGUUUGGGGCAAUGAGAGGUCCUCACAAGGAUAGCAAUACAAAGGCGUGUAUCAAGUUCACAUCAAAAGAUAGAAUUUAUUAUAAGCUUUUAGUAACAAAAAUGAUGAAUUAAGUCACUCUCUCAUGUCAGACAUUAUGUUCAUAUUCAUUUUUAUAACUAUAUAAGAUUUGUGUGUGUGUGUGAGUCCAUGCCGACAUGUUUUCAUUGUUUGACCGAGCAAUGCAGCUAAAUCCUGAAAUACAAGUGAAGGAAAGGUGAAUUAUCAAUACUGUCCAUAUUCCCACGAUCUAUGCAGAAAUCCUCAUAAAUAUUCAAGAUUUCAAGACGUGACGUGAAACAUUUUUCGCCUAUUAAAUGAAUAAUGUUUUAAAAUGUGAACCAACUUUGAUGUCUUUGCCACCAGAGGAGAGUCAAGUCAAUCUAUUUCCUGCUUUAAUUAUUAUUUUUUUCUACAAAAGUCGCUCUUAAUAGCUGAUGCUUUUAUCUGUUGCAGCAGAGAACCAGAUAUUGAUGGAGUUGAGAACAGUCGGAUUGUCUCUAAACCAGGGGUUCUUAACCUUUUCUAGAACAAAUGGACCCCGGGCCCAUUCAAGUUAUGCACGUCAUGAAAUUAAAACCUCGUGAAAUAACAUGAAACCAUGUGCUCAUCGCAAAGAUAUUUAUUGUCAUCGAAAGGUCCAACCAUCAGCAGAAGUAGAUGCAAGUCAUAUUCAUCAAAUUUACUAAAGAAAAAAAGCAAAAUGAAAAUACACUUGAUCCAAACUCUAAAUAAAAUUAAUAUAAUCAGUCAAAAUAUGCUGAAAUAAAAUAUAUUUUAUUUUCAAAAUAGACAUAAGUGAAGUGUAAAUGAAAGUAUUGCCAUAAAAUUUUCGAAUACAUUUUCAAAUCGGCUUUGACGUGUGCUUUCAUGAACAGUUUUUAACUGUUAUGGAGGUGGCAUCACUUUCUUUUCAUCAUUUUUUCUCUUCAAAACUUCUCCAUCCUGGGUAACUGUCACAGAUUUGGAGCUGUCAAGUCAGUACAAUGACACACUUGCAGCCCACACGGCUCAGUGUUGUAAAACAACUUCUCGCUGCCCUCUAGGAGGCGCUCGUGGCUCAACCAUGUGCCUCUGCCCUAUGGUGAAGAAUCACUAAACACCUAUUGUCUGGUGAAAGAAGCAGCUAAUGAUGUUUCUGGUGUAUCACUGUCUGUAUCCUCACAGUAGAGGGCGGUGUGCUGCGGCCUCUUCCUCUGCUGUGGUCAGAGGAUCCCAAAGGACGCUUCAAUCCGAGAUAUUAAGGGGAAACAUGAAAUGUCCAUUUGAGCUUCUGCGGUGUCUGAUGUUGAGAGCCAACAUCAAAGGUGCGACAGGCCAGUGCAGUGUGGAGAUGAUGCGCCUCUGUCACGCUGUGCCAGGAAGGCAAAAGUGUUGUAAGGUGUGACCUUGGCUGGUCCUGGCUUGAACACAGCCUGCGAGGACCUGGUGUCCUGUCGCUGUGUAAGCAGGUUGAAACUGGGGUGAUAUGUAAAGAUGUCGGCUCGAGGCUGAGCGGUGACGUGAGGGUUGCAGCUGCAGUGUGGAUGUGUGAUUUGCUGAGUGUCGUCCCACAAGAGAGACGCGAGGGACGGUUGAGGGCAGAUGACAUUUUUUUGUCCUUUAUUUGAACCCACAAGCAAAGAUCUCGCGCACACUGCUUCCCUUCCCAAGUGAUGUUGCCCGUCGCCUCUUUCAUUUGAAAAAGAUUAAACGUCUCCGUCGCCAGCACUGCCAGUCAUCUUUCUGCUGUUUCAGAGGGAUUUAAUGUGCUUGUUAUUCCCACCCUGCUGUUGGGAAAUCCUUCUCUCCUGUUUGCUGAACACCAGCUACUUUAUUUGUGGCCGUGUAUGAAUUGCGACUGCCCAGAUGUUUUGUUUUGGUGUCAUUAAGUUGCUCUUUGGUUCCAAGCGAGAGAUGUUUUCGUCAUCUUCCGUUAGCCUGCAACAGACGCCACGGUGGGUGAUGCAAACACCAACGCUCCAGGCUCACUUUCAGUUUCUCCCAAGAUAAGACGACGCUGAGGCUCCACUGGAGCAGUGAAGUGGUGUUUGACCGUCGUCUCUGAACUAGCUGGGAUUCAUCGCCACACCCCUCCAUAAGCUUCAUGCAAGUCUCUUCUCUUCUUUCAGUCUCCUGGCUUUAGUCUCAGAGCCUCCAUUUUUAACUUUUAUAGUGAUCCUACAGCAAUUUAGCUGAGGCUGGUCAUCACUUGCUCUUUUACCUCUGUGUCAAUGUUUGCAGAUGACAUUGUGAUUUGUGGUGAGAGCAGGGAGCAAGUGGAAGAUCAGCUAGAGAGGAGGAGCUUUGCCUUAGAAAGGAGAGGAAUGAAGGUUAGCUGCAGUAAGACGGAAUACAUGUGUGUGAAUGAGAGGGAGCCAAGUGGACAGGUGAAGUUACAGGAUGUAGAGAUAUAGAAGGUGGUGGAUUUGAAGGACUGAGGCUCAACUAUCCAGGGCAAUGGAGAGUGUGAGAAAGAGGUGAAGAAGCAGGUGCAGGCAGGAUGGAAUCAUUGGAGAAAAGUGUCAGGUGUGAUGUGUGACAAAAGGGUGUCGGCGAGAAUGAAAGGGAAAGUGUCCAAAAGGGUGGUGAGGCCAGCAGUGGUGUAUGGUUUGGAAACAGUGGCACUGAGGAAAAGACAGGAGGCAGAGCUGGAGGUAGCAGCGAUGAAGAUGCUGAGCUUCUCUCUGGGAGUGAGCAGGAUGGAUAGGAUCAGGAAGCAGUAGAUCAGAGGGACAGCACAUGUGCUCAGGUGUUUAGGAGGCAAAGUCAGAGACUGAGAUGGUUUGGACAUGUACAGAGGAGAGAGAGCCAGUACAUUGGUAGGAAGAUGUUGAGGUUGGAACUGCCAGGCAGAAGGUGGAGAGGAAGGCCAAAGAGGAGAUUGAUGGAGGUGGUGAAGGAGACAUGAGGUUUGUAGGUUUGAGAGAAGAGGAAGCAGAGGACAGGGUGAUGGAGGAGGAUGAUCAACGGAGGCCACCCCUGAAAGGAGAAGCCCAAAGAGAAAGAAGAAGAGAAGAAGAAGUCAAUAGCCAGCACCAUAUAGCAUGAGGUCAUAAUGUUACGGCCAACAGAGGUGGUUCUGAGAACAUUGGUUUCCCAUAAAUAAAUGGCUCAUGGCUGAGUGAGUAUGAAUAUGUGCUGUAUCAAGAUUUGUGAUGUCAAACCUGCGGCCCGAGGGCCAAAUCCGUCCCACCAAGUCAUUUAAUGUGGUCUUCGUGCUGUAACAGGCUGUUUGUUUGAGUUGGGCCUUUAGAGUUAGAUUUUGAUUCAUGAUUUCAGACAAAAAUAAUGAAUCAAUACAAAUACUAGAUUAAUUUCGCGUUCCACCGGUUCCAGCUGCACUGAUACAAUGUGAUGUCAUCAGCAAAACAUCCAUAAGGACACGGACUUAAUGAGAUUGUGGAGUUAAAAAUAAAAAGUCCUGGUGGAAGCACGAGAAACAGGCGGCAACACAACCAUCUGCUGCUCAGUAAAGUUUCAAUGUGUGCUGCGGGUGCGAUGGGGUGGACUCAGACAGAAACAUGGGGAGAAGAUGGCACCUCAGUUCAGCAUCUGAGGGAUACACACAAUGAACCGCUACGAUCUGAGCCUCCCUCAUCACACCAGUGAGGUGCAAGAAUGUGAUGAGUCAGUGUUGUAAAUGAGUUAAUAAUAAUAAUAAUAACAAUGAUCCUGUCAAUAAAUAAAUACAUAUUUCAUUCUUCAUGAUUAAACAUGUUGACAAUGACACAAUGUUACACAAAAAAACAAAAAAAACGCUAACACUACUCUAUAAUGCAUUUUCAUGAGACGUCAUACUGUAUUUAUAAGCUUUUAUGGAACUUGUCAUGAAUGUUUCUCAUCCUGUAUGGCAGGGUUUAUCUGCUAUUAGACGCUGUUGACUUGACUUCAGGCGCUACAAGCCCUAACCCCUAUGAUUGUAGACAUUCAUAACAUCCAUAAAGCCCUAGAAAUGCACUGUGAUGCCUGAUGAAUAAACUAAUAACACAUUAUAGAUGAGACCUGAAUAUAAAGCGUAACCAAAAACGACAUUUUGUGAUUGAAAAAUCAUUGAAAUCUUUUUUCAAACCUUCUCAUACCAACGCUGUUUGGAAGCUAUAAAUUCAAGAUAAUAAAAGACAAUGUUUCGAUUCGGUGAAUGAAAAGUUGGAGAAGGAAGAUGGAAGACAUCAUAAAAACUUGAUGAUGAAAACAUCCACAAUAAUCAAUACAGGCCUCUCCCUACUGCGCUCGCCUGGGAUCAGAGCACGGGAGCGUGCGGAGGUUAAGGAUAGAAACAUGCAAAUAGUUUCAUUAGGAUUCUUAGGUUCUGCAAUGUAUUUUUGAUGGAUAACUGUUUACUGAUGGUUCUACAGUAGCUCUCAUGCUCAAGUUCUUAACUGUAAGAGGGAAAUAAUGCCACCGAAACAUCUGGAUCUUCUGUGAUCUGAAAAUGUAGGUCUACAUAGACAGUGUCAACCAGUUUAUUGUCUGUAACACAGGGGCAGAGCUCUGUCUGUCUCUGCCGCAGAAGGUCUGUUCUCCCUUCAAUGAGUUUACUGCCACACUGCUCAGCAGGUUUUAUUCAGGAGUUAUGGGGGUUACCUCUUCUAAUGACUCAUUUC